AUGUGUGACCCGCCUCGGGGGUGUCCUCACCUCUGUGCGUGUCCACCUCCGCACACAUCUACACCCUGUGACUGUUUACUUUCUGUAGAGAUGCCACCACCACUGGCCGUGGCAGAGCUCUUUGAAUCGAAGACAAUCUGCCGUGUGCACACAUGCACAAGCGCAUACAUGCACACACAUGCAGCUAUACACAGUGUGGGUUCUCAGCAAGAGGGUGUCGGCAUUGUGUGUCCUGGCUUCAAAACCACAUUUGUAAUUAAAACACUUUUAAAAGUGAACCCUUGUUCUGAAGGCUUGAUUCUGUAG